GUGUCAGCUUCAUGUGCUUUGAUCAACGUGGCACCGUCCAUGUCAUGCCAUUACAGAGACAGCAUGCUCCCGGGGUUUCCCUAUGCAUGCUAUAUGAACCCAAUGUUUCUCACGAUGCUGUUCAAUUGUUGUUCAUCGUCAAUGUCAUCUGAUGGCUUCAAUAUUGUCCUUGCCGCUUCAUCUUAUCGCUGAUAUUCUGCGUCUGUUGGAUAACAUUCAAGAGCUUCCUCCCAUUCUGCUAAGCCAUCGAAUAUUUUACUCUGCUCUUUUGGAUACACCAAGUCUGCCCGUGGAUAUCAUUCGCAGUCAGAUUCCCGACAACCUGCUUCCGUUGGCCUUUACCGCAUUCAAGUCGCAAAAGUCGGUAAGGGAAACAAACUGUAUAAGCGUGCAAGAGUUUCUGACUCAUUACUACAACAAUUCUGCACGGAAUGUGGACGGUAGUCAACUUCACUUGACAGUAGGUGAAGCCACUGAGGUUGUCAGAGUCAAUGAUGCAUUGUCGGGCUUAAGGGAUGAGUUUUCUCUGUGUUCCCUAAGGAGGCUUCAUGGUGUAAACCAAGAUGCAUCCCUUAAGAGUGGCCAAGGUCUCUCUCCUGGCGAGUACUAUCGAAUCUCUCGCGCACUCUAUCGAUUCCAGAUAUAUCGAAACCUUUUCCUCGACAAGGAGCAGGAACUUGAUCUUUUCCCUUCUUAUGACGAUGAUCAAGACGAAGAUUUGAGCUUCGACAACGAACUGAAAAAGCUGUUCUUCGAUCGGCAUUCACCAUGGGUCAAUGAACAACUGGCUUGUGUUUACGACUUUCUUGAAACAAGAGUAACGGGUGUCAUGCUGACCAUCCUAUCCGCAACCCCAAGCAAUCGGCAAGUAGUUGUCAAUGGCUUUCAAUGGGGAGACAAUCUUACCGAAUGGCUAGCUGAAAAGACUCAAUCGUUUGAGGAGCAGAAAUGCAUGUCCCUCGAUAUUACUCGUCUCAGUCAGCUUCUCAAGGCCUCAACCUACGAAGAGUGGCAAGCGUCGCUUGGUGAGGCUAUUAGUCCUUGCCAAAAUAGGCUUGAAGAAGAUCUUGAGGAGUUCAACCGUGGAAGAAGGCCGAAUGGACAUAAAGAAGUCUGGCGAGCUGAAGAUAUCGAAAGACUAGCCAGGGAAGUUGACGCUGACGAAGCGUUUACUGAUGAUCAACCAAGACAGACAUGGAUGAAAGUACACUAUGAUCAUGCGCAUGAGAGGUAUCGCUUAGGAGAGCACACGUUUGCCCCAAUGAGGUUUAUCUUCGGCAUGAGGAGAAUCGGUUACGUCAUGUGGGAUGCAGAGAGAAUGAAGAAUGAUGCCUGUAAAGUCACCUUGAAUAAGGCGUACCAAGGCGAUGCUGUUUUCUAGGCGGCUUGCAUGAAAGCCGAUUUUGGAAUUAGGGAUAUUUGUGAAUCAGCAGCUGCUAGUGUCGAACCUGUGAUACCUUGGAGCCUCAAUGUCAGUUCAAGCCGUCAGACUAACAUCUCUGCUCCUAAUUGUAUGCCGACGAGGACUCAUUUUAUGCUCGCGGAUCAGGGCAUCUGUAAGAAUAUGACCAGGGCUGAGACUUAGAUCUUAAGUGAGAAACAUGGACAUACAAGCUGAGUUUAACGGGGAAUGAACUUGGCAGGCAAGUAACUAUCGUCUUAUGAGCCUACACUGAAGGGUCAAGUUGAGGAGCUUGAAUUGAUGAUUGUGAUUUCCCCAGAUUGUGGAAGAAAGUGUAUCGGCCUUUCCUAAUCAAGAAGUUUCGCGCGAUGCCAGCUAGUAAGGGAGUAUCGCAUUUGCUUGCCGGGAUCAGUCGGAGUAAGGUGGG